AUGAACUCAGUGCGACAAUUCUCUAUCGAAGAGUUAACAAUCUCAACCUUCCACUCGGCCCUCCGUGAAGGCCUUACGAGUUGCAGCGAAGUAACCAACGCAUACCUAGCCCGAAUCACAAAAUACGACCCCACGCUAAAAGCACUCAUCAACAUAAACCCCAACGCUGAGAAUGAAGCACUACAGAAAGACUCAGAAAACAAACAAUAUCUCACUCAGAAUCGGCCAUUCCCACCAUUACACGGUGUUCCUAUUAUCCUAAAAGAUAAUUACACGACAUUCGACCUCCCUACUACAGCCGGAAUAAAAGCCUUACAAUCUCUCCAAACAGUCUCAGAUUGUGACAUUGUCUCGAGACUUCGUCAUGCCGGUGCUAUUAUUCUCGCUAAGGCCAAUCUCCAUGAACUCGCUCUUCAUGGAACGACGACCUCUUCACUCCGUGGUCAGACGUUGAAUCCUUAUGAUUUACAUCGUACCCCUGGUGGUUCAUCUGGUGGCACAGCUGUUGCGCUUGCGGCUAAUUUGGGGCUUGUGGGCUGUGGUACUGAUACGGUUAACUCCCUGCGUUCUCCUGCGUCUGCGUGCUCGAUUGUCGGGUUUAGACCGUCAAUUGGGCUAGUUGAUACCAAAGGAGUUGUACCUGUUUCUGACACACAGGAUGUUGCGGGUCCUAUGGCGCGGAGUGUUGGGGAUGUGAAGAUCUUGUUUGAUGUUAUGAGGGGAAAUAAUGGAGUUGAGAUUGGUACAGGAUAUUCCGAUUCGACUCGACGAGAUGGAGGAUUGCGUAUUGGUAUUUUGGAUGCUUAUUUCGAGCUUGAAGAUAUUGGAUCAUGCGAGAAUGCUAUCGGGGCUGAGAAUGCCACUGUACAGAGUAUUAUUCGCAAAGCUCUGAUUUUGAUACAGGAUUUAUUGGAUGUUUCUCUGAUUCCGGUGGAAUGUGAUGCAAACUGGGGUAUUGCACAUCUACUCGCAAAUGCAGAUACACAGGCUUUCGAGUUCCAGGAAUGUCUUGAUUCUUUUCUCCAAUCGUCUGAUAUAUCAUCCACUCCACAUCGUUCCUUGGAAUCAAUAGUGCAGAGCGGUGAAUAUCACAAGGAAGCCGUGACAGAAGUUUUCUUUGUAUCUGUGGAAAAUCCAAGUGUUUUCUCCCGUUCAAGUGAGGAGUACCGCGCUCGUCUUGAUACCAUUGCAGCGUUAAAGGAAUCUGUGAAGCAGUGUUUCGAUAAACACAAUCUCGAUGCCUUGGUCUAUCCGCACCAGCGUCAUCUUGUGGUUAAUAUCGGAGCAACGAGGCAGCCAAAUCGAAAUGGCAUCCUAGCUGCUGUAACCGGGAACCCGGCGAUUUGUAUUCCAGCUGGUUUUAGUCCACCCACUCCGUCGGCUCAUCUGGGUAUUCCCGUUGGAAUAGAAUUUAUGGGAAGACAUGGACACGAUGAUGAGUUGUUGGAUAUUGCGGAACAGGUAGAAAGUCUGCUUCAAAUAAGACACGUACCAGCUCUUUUCUCUGAGAGGCUUGAAACAUGUACAUGA